AUGUGUGCUGAUGUGCCACCGUCAGGACGUUACAUCUACAUGGAUGCGGCCGGCCGAAGACAAGGCGACACGGCAGUGAUUUCGCUGGCGAAAGUGCCAGGCCUACGGGGCCCAGGCUGUGCUCUCAGCUUCUGGUACAAUAUGUAUUUGGACAGUGCAGGAACUCUGGAAGUGACAUUGAGGGGUACCUCCACCUUAAUUUGGACUGCAACAGGAUUUCUAGGAAAUUUCUGGCAGCAAAUUUUUGUCCCAAUCAAUGACCAAACGGAUUUCGGAAUCACGUUCACUGGAACAGUGGGCUCAUCGUCCAUUGGCUAUAUUGCGCUGGACGACAUCAAGCUUAGUGCAGACUGCUGCACGACUCCGGUGAUGGCACUGAGAGUGAAGUACGUGCUCUCCUCCACAUCAAUCGCUGUGCAUUUUCUUGCAACUGCAUCACGGUACUGUGUUCGUGGAAAUGCGAGUUCGAACCAACUGCUUUGCAGUCCUAAUUCAACCGUGACCAUAACUGGACUUAACCCCUACACCGUCUACUCGGUGUCCGCACACACAGAAACGAGCAGCUUGCGCUCACAAUCUACUGCUGAAGUGACAUUGAGGACGAAUGCUUCAGCUCCGACAUCAGCUCCAGCAGGUCUGACGAUCUACAGCAAAGUGACCAGCGUUGACUUGGUUUGGGUACAAGUGAAGGACUUCAAUGGCGAAGCAUUGAGGUAUGACAUAUUCUAUGAGGAGGUGGGAGCAGCCAGGGUUUACACUAUAAGUGUUCCCUCAUUGGUCAGUUCAACAACUGUAAAUGGGCUAAAGUUUGAUACUAACUACACAUUCUCCGUGGCUGCAGUAUCAUCCGGUGGAAGAGGACCCAAUAUUAGCAGAUACGCAAGAACCACGCAAGACCGUGCCCUGGCACCCAACAUCACUUCCAUGAAGAUAUUGGCAACAACGGUGACAAUAAACCUGAGAAGUGUGCCGGGGAACUAUCACUUGUCCAAAUUCUGCUGUUACUUCACCAGGCGGUCGGUGUCUGGCAUACCAAUGUCCAAUCUGGCUACGGAAAGGGUCUGCAGUGAGACCAGUCCCGUUGUCUUGUCACCAGUGGAAGAAGACGCAGCCUACGGGCCACCAUUACACUACUGUAUUGCAAGGAACACGCUCGAUAACACUGAUGGACAUACAGCAAGAAUGGCAGGUUUCAACACGCCACCAGCAGCUCCAAGUGUGGUACCUAGUGAUCUCACCUUGGACUCCACAACCGCAACAACAGUAACCUUCAGCUGGACUGCUGUCGACCCAUUCAAACUGAAUGGAAGACUGGUUGCGUACCAUGUGUCGUGCCAUUAUUUGAAUGGGAUGGCCGUGACCUCUGUGAAAACCAACAAUACACAAGUUUCAAUCGGAGAGCUUACAUUUGCAACAAAGUACGAUGUUUCAGUGACAGCUGAGUCCACUGGGGGUCUCCGUGCUUCCGGCAGCUACUUGCAAGUCUUAACAAGCCAGGAGGGUACGUUUUAA